AUGGCCGGAGAGAGCCGCGCUGGCUGCCCCGGGCAGGAGGCGCCGGUUGCGCGGCCGGGCAGGCUCCUGGGGCAGAACCGGCAGUUCCUGGACUUCUUUUGGGACAUCGCGAAGCCCGACCAGGAGAUCCGCUUGGCGGCCACCGAGGGCUUGAUCCGCUACUUGCAGGAGAACCGAAAGGAUGAUGAUACGUUGAAAUACACAUUGAAACGCCUGAUUGAUGGAUUGGCAGCCACUCGGGAGGCAUCCCGGCCAGGAUUCAGUUUGGCGCUGGCUCAGGUGUUGCAAGUUUUUGAAGAGAUUCCAUUGCUCAGGGUCCUGGAACAGAUCAAAGAAAAACAUAACCUUGGCAGAAUAAAGAAGAAACUCUUCAGAAAUGCUCUGUUUGGCAACUUCUUCGGAGUGCUGGCCUUGUUUCAAUCGGGACGCCUCGCAAAGGACCCAAAGGCUCUCCUGGGGUGUGUGCAACUCCUCCAGAGCCUUUCUGAGCAUCAUGCGCACCUGAAAGAUCUCCCCAGGAAGACAUUGGCUGACAUAGUCUCUGAGAUUCCAGAAGGUGUGUUUGAAGAAGUCCUCUUCAGUGCCCUAGAGGAUGACCUCACGUCUGCUUUCAGCACUCCAGGGCAGCUAUAUCUCUUGCUCGUUGGCAUCCAGAAAUUCCCAGGAGUUCUCCACCCAGAAAAGCUGAAGGAACUCUUGGGGACAGACGCCGUCAUUACAGCAGAAAACAUUCCCAAGUUGGUGGAGGUUUUGAAAAUGGCUGCAAAGUCAGAGAAGAAGGACCGAACGCUGCCAAGUGUUGGGCUGGACUUGAUGAAAGUGGCCCUGAAGGAAGGUUCCUUUGAGCUGUUUUGGAAAGAAGUCGUUGAGAAUGGGCUCCUCAAAGAUAACGUUGGACCCUGCAGUUACAUGUGCUAUCGGUUGCUGGGCAGUGCUCUCCCACUCCUGCCUCUUUGCCAGCUGAACGUGAUUCUUCGAGGGGAGGUCAUGCGCCAGUACGGGACCCACGUGGUGUGCACUCAGCUACCCGACAGGUUCAAGUUUGCCCCCGAGAUGGAAGCCUACGUCAGUUCCUUCCUGGAGGGUUGCCCCGAUGCUGAGAAACAAUUGGCGGUGAUGGUGGGUUUCUCCACCCUCACCAACCAAGGGCAUCCCGUCGUGCCGAGCUUCUGGAGAGUGGUGAAGCACUUGCUUCCCACAGCCUUGCUGAAAUACAUCAGUUGGCUUAAGGACAUGUUCCUGGAACCGGAUUUAGACUCCUGUGUGGAUUUUGCUACCAAGCGGCAGAAGCAGAGCGAGAAGCAAACCCAUGUAGAAAAGAGUGAGCACAGCAUCACACGGCUAAGGAAAUGGAUAAUUGCCCGGCUGGUUGGGAUAGCUGAAAACCCACAAAUAAAGAGGGAAGAGGAGUUUGUGAUGGAUAUUGCCAGGUUUUGCUUCUUCCAUGCUUUUUUUGAGACAAAGAAGCCGACCUCUAAAAUCCCAGAGACUGAAGCUGUUCCAUCGGGGCUUCUGAACGAACCGUCUCGCUUGGCAGCUGCAAGUUCGUUUUUCAGCGUGCUCCAGCACUUGAGCUCAAUGCCUGCCCUGGGGGAUUCUGUGAAAGCGGAAGAGAUGAGGAAGAAGCACCUCCACGGCUUGACGGCUAGUGGGGAUCCCUGGAUCUACGUCAUUGUCCAGUAUGCAAACAUCCUCCUUUCUCACCCCAAACACGUCAAGGUUGUGACACCAUUCAGUAACGAAGCAAAGGCUGCUUGGGACCGGAUGCUGGAGAUGGUGGAAGACCUGCGGAAGAAAGAGAAAAAAAACCCUGCCCUGAAGACUUCUGCCUUCCAGCAUCUUCUGCUGUUGGUGGGCAUUCACCUUUUCAAGUCCCCUGCAGAGUGUAUGGAUCUUCUGAACGACCUGCAGAAUUGCACCACGAGGGCCUUUGGGGAGAAACCAAAGAAGAAGAUGGCGGCUGCUGGUGGCGAAGAAGAGCCGGAAUGGGUGGAGGUGACCGUGGAGGUCCUCCUUUCCCUUUUAGCCCAGUCCAGCGGGCUGAUCCGUAAGGUCUGCAAAAACGUGUUUGGACUCGUCGCUCAGCACAUGACCAAGAGGGCUUUGCAGCUCAUCCUGGAUGUUUUUGACCCACAGCAAGAUCAGGACGAAGAAGGUGCCAUUGUGGUGGUGGAAGAAACACAAAAGAAGAAAACUUUGCAGAAGGAUGUGAGAGGAGAUGACGCUGCUGAAAAGAGUUCCGAGUCUUCUUGUGAAGAAGACUCUGAAGAUGACGACGAGAGUGAUGAUGAGGAAGCAGAGAAUGGGAAGACGGACAGCGAAGACGAGAAAGAUGAAGAGAUGGAUGAGAACUUCCGUCAUCAGCUGAUGAACGUUCUGCAGGCUGGGAAUGCGCUGGGAGGAGACGACAGCGACGAGGACGUCGAUGAUGAGACCAUGAUGUCCCUGGACAAGAACCUGUCAGCUCUCUUUGCCGAACAGCAGAAGCGCAUUCAAGCCAAGAAGGACGAGAAGGAGAAGAUGCGGAAGGAGAAGAUUUUACGCAGGGACUUCAAGAUUAAGGUUCUGGAUCUAGUGGAGGUAUUCCUGACAAAGCAGGCAGAGAACCCCCUCGUCUUCGACAUCGUCGACCCGCUGCUGCUGGUGAUUGAGCAGAGCAUGAGCUCGGAGGCCAGCAAACAAGAGCAGGAUUAUCUCCGGAAGACAGCCGACAUCUUCACGAAUCAUUUGUGUAGAUCCAAGCAGUACUGCAAAAACGUGGCCCCCAUCCGGGCGGAACUGCACACCCAUCUGGAAAGCCUGGUGAAGCGAGCUUGCAGGCAGAGCGACUCCUCGGUGGCCCUCUACUGCUUCAGUGCGUCUUUGUACAUCUUCCGAGUGUUGAGGGGAAAUCCAGGCAGCGAAGCAGCCCUACAAAGUGCUGAGCUGGAAAAGAAGCCAAAAAACAAAAGGAAGAGUGCACAAAUUCUUCAGGCCUCUGUUGUAGGAAGCCUGGACCUGGAGCGAGUGACCACAGUGUACAGGGAUGCCUUGAACUUGUUUCUGACAAAGCGCAACAGCCCCCUCACUGGAUCUAUGUUUCUUGAUCUUUUUGAACGUCAUCCGAUCAUGUGCAAACAACUCAUUGACACGGUUGCAAAGUCUAUCACUGCAGGGGCCAGGCAGCACCAGCAGGCUCAGGCCUGUAUGCUUCUCCAGAAAGCCCUGCAGACGCGGCAGUUCCGACUUUCAAUUACAGAUGAGGAAUGGGAGGAGUUAAUUAGAGAGAGCACCAAUCAAGUCACAGAGACUUUGAAGAUGGUGAGCGAGUUCAAAGUCAAAGUCGACCAGGAGAAGGUCCUAAAAUGUCUGGAUCUCCUGAACUUUCUCCUGAGAACUGUGACUCAGCAGAAGCUGAAUGUGGAUCUAACAGACUUGCGGGUUGUGCUGCAAGCACUGAGUCAGCACGAAGGAUUUGGGAAGUCCACACGACUCGGGAAUAUCUACUGGAAUGUCAUGACGCUCCUGGGCUUCACCCGGCCGGCGAAGGAGAAGGUGCCAGCCCAGCCAAAGAACCCAACUGAAGCAGAACCUGUGAAGCGGAAGAAAAAAGGUUUCCUGCCAGCUACUAAAAAACGCAGCAAUCGCAAAAAGGUUCCUGAGCAGCCCCGGGAGAACGGUGCUGAAAGUGGCGGCAAACAGACCGUUGUGGAUGGCGCAGAGGCUAUUCCUUCCAGGAAGAGGAAGAAGAGAAAGAACAAGAAAAAGAGAGGGGCAGGAGGGAGCCAGGACCAAGUCCCCAAUCAGCAGGGUCCUCCGGCCAAAAAGCCAAAGUUACCACCAGGCAGUGCCAAAGACACUGACUCAAAACUUGGCAAUUUGAAGAAGAAAAAGAAGAAAGAAAAAAAAGGCAAGAAGCCAGUUCAUGUAGAUGGGAACUGAUUUCACAGCUGUGGGGUGGGAGUGGCUUUUAUAAAUGUAUAGAGAGUUGCAUUUUGCACCAUUGUAUUAUUUUAAUAAACUAUCUGCGUUGCUAAUA